GCCCGGAGCUUGAGCUGUGCGGGUGUCACUCCCACUGAGCGCAGUCAUGGCUGCCUAUCCGGACGACUCCUUCCCGUAUCAAGGUCUUUUACCGAAGAAAGAGACCGGCGCUGCAUCUUUCCUCUCCCGAUACCCAGAAUACGAUGGAAGGGGGAUUCUCAUUGCUAUCUUAGACACGGGAGUGGACCCCGGUGCACAGGGACUCCAGGUCACAAGUGAUGGAAAGCCAAAAAUAAUUGACAUUAUAGAUACCACAGGGAGUGGAGAUGUGAACACAUCCACCAUAAUAGAGCAAAAAGAUGGGAAAAUUACUGGCUUUUCAGGAAGAACCCUUAAGAUUCCUGAAAAUUGGAUAAACCCAUCAGGAAAAUAUCAUGUUGGUCUCAAAAAUGGAUAUGAAUUUUUCCCUAAAGCACUUAGGGAAAGAAUACAGAAAGAAAAACGUGAGAAACUCUGGGAUCCAGUUCAUCGUGUUUGUUUGGCAGAAGCUUGCAGAAAACUUGAUGAGUUUGACAGUACUCAUACAAAUUUGUCACAAGCAGAAAAGAUGGAGCGAGAAGAACUCCAAACUCAAGUAGAAAUAUUGAAUUCUAUGGAGAAAAAAUACAGUGAUCUGGGUCCUUCUUACGACUGCCUGGUAUGGCACGAUGGUGAAACAUGGAGAGCCUGUGUAGAUACAAGUGAAUGUGGGGAUCUCAGCAUCUGCACUGUAUUGAGAAACUACAAUGAAGCCCAGGAAUAUGCGUCAUUAGGGUUAUCUGAGAUGCACUACUCAGUCAAUAUUUAUGAUGAAGGCAAUACCCUCUGUAUUGUGACAAGUGGAGGGGCCCAUGGGACACAUGUAGCUAGCAUAGCUGCAGGUUUCUUUCCAGAUGAUCCUGAACGGAAUGGUAUAGCACCUGGGGCUCAAAUUCUUGCUGUGAAGAUUGGUGACACAAGAACUUAGUACCAUGGAAACCUGGUACAGGGGUUGAUCAGAGCUAUGAUUGAAGCAAUAAAAUAUAAAUGUGAUCUUGUAAACUACAGCUACGGUGAGGCUACACAUUGGCCCAAUGCUGGAUGUAUUUGUGAAGUAAUUAAUGAAGCUGUAUUGAAACAUAAUGUGAUCUACGUGUCAAGUGCAGGCAACAAUGGACCUUGCCUUUCCACUGUAGGAUGUCCAGGUGGAACUACUUCCAGUGUCAUUGGUGUUGGUGCAUAUGUCUCACCUGACAUGAUGGUUUCCGAAUACUCCUUGCUAGAGAAGCUGCCUGCCAACCAGUAUACCUGGUCUUCAAGGGGGCCGUGUGCCGAUGGAGCUCUUGGAGUGAGCAUCAGUGCGCCGGGUGGUGCUAUAGCUUCUGUUCCAAACUGGACACUACGUGGAACACAGUUGAUGAACGGGACCUCAAUGUCUUCUCCAAAUGCAUGUGGAGGCAUUGCUCUGCUGCUUUCAGGCCUUAAAGUUAAUGGUAUCAGCUACACUGUUCAUUUCAUUCGGCGAGCACUUGAAAACACAGCCAUGAAGAUUGAUGAUAUUGAAGUAUUUGCACAAGGACAUGGUAUAAUUCAGGUUGAUAAAGCUUAUGAUUACCUCAUACAAAACUCAUCCAUGACCAGUAGUAAUUUGGGUUUUAAUGUUGUUGUUGGCAAUCAACGGGGAGUUUACCUCCGUGAUCCACACCAUCUGGCUUCACCUUCAGAUCAUGGAGUAGCGAUAGAACCAGUGUUUCCAGAAUAUGCAGAAAACUCUGAACGGAUAUCUCUGCAACUACAUUUAGCGCUAACCUGCAAUGCUUCAUGGAUUCAAUGCCCCAGUCACUUGGAGCUGAUGAAUCAGUGUAGACACAUAACCAUACGAGUGAAUCCAUCUGGCCUUCGUGAAGGAGUGCAUUUUACUGAGGUAUGUGGAUAUGAUAUCACAGCUCCUGACACUGGACCUUUGUUUAGACUUCCAAUAACAGUCAUUGUACCCAUAAGAUUACGUGAAACCUCGGGUUAUGAGCUUGUGUGCAGUGAUGUUUAUUUUAAACCUGGCCAAAUCAGACGGCACUUUAUUGAAGUACCUUGCGGCGCUGCUUGGACUGAGGUCACUGUUUCUUCACUUUCACCUGAUGUAUCCUCAAAGUUUGUCCUUCAUGCAGUACAACUGGAAAAACAAAAAGCUUAUCGCACUAAUGAGUUCUAUAAAUUCACAUCGCUUUUAGAGAAAGGAUCAUGUUGUGAAGCAUUUCCAGUUUUGAGUGGUAAAACACUCGAAUUUUGCAUUGCCCGGUGGUGGGCCAGUCUUGGUGAUGUCAAUAUCAACUAUACCAUUUCCUUCCAUGGAAUCCUCUGCACUCCUUCCCAACUGCACAUUAAUGCUUCAGAUGGAAUUACUCGUUUCGAUGUAAUAUCUACAAUGAAGUAUGAAGAAAUUGCUCCCUCUAUUAGCCUCAAAUGCUGGGUUCAAUCCUUGAGACCGGUAAGUGCAAAAACAAGGCCCUUAGGACCACGCGAUACAUUACCAAACAAUCGGCAAUUCUAUGAGAUUAUUUUGACAUACAGCUUCCAUCAAACAAAGAAUGGAGAAGUAACAGUCAGCUGCCCUUUGCUUUGUGAGCUACUGUACGAAUCUGAAUUUGAUAGUCAACUGUGGAUGCUGUAUGAUCAAAACAAAAGACUUAUGGGUUCAGGAGAUGCUUACCCACACCAGUAUUCUCUGAAGUUGGAUAAAGGAGACUACACUAUCCGUCUCCAAGUGCGACAUGAACAACUUAGUGAGCUGGAGCGCCUUAAAGACCUUCCAAUUAUUGUAUCCCAUAGAAUCCCCAGUUCUCUGAAUUUAGAUGUUUAUGACAGCCACAGCAAUGCAUUAACAGGCAAGAAAAAAGCCAACACUUUAGCUCUACCACCAAGUUGCUCACAGCCAUUCUUUGUUACUUCUCUUCCUGAUGAUAAGAUUCCUAAAGGAGCAGGACCUGGUUGUUUCCUCUCAGGAACUUUAACAUUGGCAAAGAGUGAACUGGGAAAGAAAGCAGGGCAGGCUGCGUCAAAACGUCAAGGAAAGUUUAAAAAGGAUAUGGUGCCUGUGCAAUAUCAUCUUAUACCAUCUCCAAAUAAGCAGAAGAAUGGAAGCAAGGAUAAAGAAAAAGACGCAGACAAAGAGAAGGAUAUGAAAGAUGAGUUCGCUGAUGCUCUUAGAGACCUGAAGAUACAGUGGAUGGCCAAGUUGGACAGGAAUACAUUUUAUGAAGAAUUGAAGGAGUCUUACCCUACCCAUCUACCUCUGUAUGUUGCACGACUACAUCAGCUGGACACUGAAAAGGAACGACUUAAAAAAAUGGAUGCAAUAGUGGAAGCAGCAGACGAUGUCAUAUCUCGUAUAGAUCAGACUGCAUUAGCAAUUCAUCUGGCUAUGAAGACUGAUCCCAGACCUGAAGCAGCUACUGUCAAGAGUGACAUGGAAAGACAGAAAUCAUCCCUGAUUGAUGCUUUGUGCCGAAAGGGCUGUGCAUUGGCCGAUACUCUUCUUCAGUUCCAUUCACAGGAUGGUGCAGCCUCAGAAGAAAUAGACAGCACAGGAGAUGAUACCAAAGGCAGUUUCAAAAGCUUGUCUGAAACUUUUUGGGAGUUACUUAAAUGGACAGAACUUACUGAUUCUAAGGUUUUGACUUUUGCAUACAAGCAUGCAUUAGUGAACAAAAUGUAUGGUCGUGCACUCAAAUUUGCAAUAAAACUUCUGGAAGAUAAACCAAAUAAGGAAAACUGGAAGAAUUGUAUUCAGAUAAUGAAGUUACUUGGAUGGAGCCAUUGUGCAUCAUUUACAGAGAGUUCACUUCCUGUAAUGUUUCCGCAAGACUACACCCCAUUCUAGAAAAAAUGUUACAGGCAUCAAAUUCAAUGAAGAAGAUAAAUUUAACAAUUUUUAUACUGUUGUCUUUUUCUAAAAAGGCAGUUUUUUUUUAAAGUUUGAACUUUUAUACGGUAUGUUUUCAUUCAUUAAUGGAUGCAAUUAUUAUAUGACAUGGCUGUUAUUGUUUGCCAUGGUACCUCCUCUAUUUAAAAAUAAAUUGUGCUUGUUCGAUUUUCUAUCAAAGCAUGGACAAAUAAGGUUCAGUUCUGCAUGAUUUUAGGGUUCCUUAAGUUUAAUUGUUACUGUUUUGAAACACGUUUGUAUAUUUUUAUUUAUUGAAUAUAUUUAGGUUUAUUGCUUUUGUGUGUUUGGAAAGAGUAACAUUUUUCCCCAUAAGUGAGCUUGAUAUGUUUAUGAUUUAUGUAUCUUAACUUUUAUCUCAGAAUUUCAGGAAGAUGUUUACUUUUAAUAUAAAAAAAUAUUCAUAGGCACUUUGUUUUCACGGCACAAAAUUUCCCAGAAAAAAACUGAGUAAUCAGUGGAGAUUGUGCUUCAUGCAUAUUACCAUUUUAUUAUGCCCGAGGAACUGAAAAUUCACUCAUAAUAUGAAAGGGGCAAGUUCUAGAUGUGUUAUCCUAAAUAUGUUUACUGAAGGAAAUAUACUUGACAUAUUUGAUUAUUUUCUUAAGUAAUUUACCUAUGCCUUAUGCAUUCUUAUAUAAUGAAAACAUUUUUGAAAACCUUUAGUGCUUUUCUACUUUGUUUGCAUAAUGGAACAAAGUACAGGUGCCUAGAAAUUCAGUUGCAUAACAGUGUUUUCUGGCAACUUUAUGCAAUUGAAAAUUAAUUUUAUUUUCCAGAACGAAACACAAUAAUGACCAUGCUCAAGUCAAUUUGCAUCACUGGAAAUUCAGCUCGGCACUUCGGAACACAUCAGCUUUGUAUCCUGGUGCAAUUUCUGCAGUAGGUCCACAGAAUAGCAUUAUUCCCCUUCUUCUACCACCGCUUCCUUUGGAGCACUGUGGGAGAACUUGGACCACAUUGUUGUGGGAGGGACCAUUGUUAGGCAAAUCCUUGGACAACCUGGUCUUCCAAAUGCAGUGUUGGACUGGGACUUCUCUCAGUUAAGACCCUUAUUUGCUUUCAUACCCCACCCCAAGCAUUAGUGCCUGGCCCCAAGCUAAAGACUAACUCUUCACCUCACACCCCCCCCCCCCCCCACCAAACUCAGCUCCAUAUCUACAUUAUCCCCAAAUGUCCCAAUCUUGCGAUCCACUGAGACCACCAGUGACUUGAAAUUCAGUACCUCACCUUCACCACUUGAUUAAUUCCUGAGUCUGACCACGUGAUCCUUGACCUGAUCUUCAGCAGCUGCCGUUUCCCCCAGCCCCCACCAUCCUCUCCCUAACUUUCGGAUCGAGGCCCCCAAAUCACCUGACUCAUGGAACAAGACCCCCUCCUUCCCCCCUACCUCACACCACUGCAAAGGGCUCCAAUGCCUCUCCCUACAACUUUACCCCAACAUGGCAAUAGAAGUCCAAUGCCUGUUCUUUCCCCUACCACUGAACAGCUCAAGGCUUCUCCACUGCCAAUGCCUUCACCCCCUCAAAUAUUCCUGGCCACAGCUGAGGCUCAGUUGAGAGCAUGUGCAAUGUCUGUUUGGUUGCACCCGAUGCUUUGAAGUUUGCAGUGAGGGUGCCCAUGGUCAAAGGGGCCUUGCCCCCUGUUGCAACACCUAUCUAGCACACUGUUUUGGGUGCACUAGAACUUUGAAGCCAGCUAAGUUAGAACAUAGAACACUACUGCAUAGUAGAGUCCCUUCGGCCCAUGAUGUUGUGCCGACAUCUUAUCCUGCUCUAAUAUCUAUCUAACCCUUCCCUCCCACAUAGCCCUCCAUUUCUCUGUCAUUCAUAUGUCUUUCUAAGAGUAUAUAAAUGUCCCUAAUCUGCCCCCACAACCUCUGCUGCCAGUGCGUUCCACACACCCACCACUUUCUGUGUAAAAAAAACUUACCUCUGACAUCCCCCUUAUACCUUCCUCCAAUCACCUUAAAUUUAUGCCCUCUCGUGUUAACCAUUUUCACCCUGGGAUUUGGAUAGCAAAUGUCGUCGUUCAAAUCCUUCAUUUUCUGAUAACCUAAAUAAUAAAAUUCCAGUCUGUGCAAUAUAUGAAGAAUUCUAAUAAUAUUUAGCAAAUUCUGCUAACCAAACCUAAUUUCCAUGGCAAUGUUUUGAUUAAUUACAAAAUUUUGGUUAGUUUGAAGUUUAACUCUUGACUAAAUUUUGAGGACAGGUAAAGUUAUCACUGAAAUAGGAAAGGGUUGACAAAUGACUUGUUUGGCAGUGUAACAAUCUAAACCAAACUUUGAUAAAACAAAACUGUUAACAAUGCAAUUUGCAUUAGAUAAACUGUUGUGGCACAUUGUAGGCUGAAAUUUAAAAUCCAGUAUACCAUACUCAACUUGAAUCUGGAGCCCAAUUUAUAAAUUGCGAUAAGGGCUUUGGGUAGUUAUAACGGAGCCCUAUGGCCUGAACAGGAGUCGGCUGUUCAGACUCGAGUCUUUUGCACCAUUUAAUGGGAUCAUGGCUGAUGUGUGACCAGACAUCAUAUAACCCCUUUUUACCCCCCAUUUCCCUUAACAUUUUUAGUUCUCUAAAAAUUGAAAUUAACUGUUGCCCUUGUAUCAGCUUCUCUGUGAAAAAGAAGUUCAAAUUUCUUUCAUCUUUUAUGUGUAAUGUUUCCAAAUAUCACUCGUGAAAAGUAUGGCUCUGAUUUUAAGACUGCCCAUUCAUAUACUGAGAUCGUGACCUUUGAGCCCUCGUCCAGGGCACAUUAUCAAUUCUCCUUACUAUCUCAAGAACUUCAACUAAAUCACUCCUUUUUAAUUCUAGGCAUCUUGUCAUUAUUCCUGAACUUUAACUACUCAAACAAUAUCUGGAGUUUAUGUUAUGCUGCAUUCCUUCCAAGGGUAAUGUGUCAUUGUAAAGAAAGGAGCUCAGAGUUACAGUAUUUCUGUUGUGGUCUGUGCAGAACUUUGAAUACCUGGUCAAUUAGGCCCUCAGUAAAUGACCACAUAUUUGCCCACUUUGAAAUCCAUUUGUCUUCAUUUGGCUCAUUAAUGCUUCAAUGGUUCUGUCCACCCUGGUUACAAUGCUGUCAUCACUGGUAGACCUUGGAUACGUGACUUUCCAUUAUCUUCAUUUUUUAAUGUUAUUUGUUGAAUAGUGAUGCCCUCAACACAGAUCCUCCAGGGUGACCUACUAAUUAACUUCUUUCUAUCAUCACUUUUCCUAAUAUGCUAACCAGGUCAAUAAUUUGCCUUCAAUUGCUUGAGGUUCAACUUUAACUAAUAAUCUCUUAUCAGGAAAGUUAUAAAUUGCAGUCUGUAUGCAGUCCAUACAAAAAACACAUAGGGAUAAAACAUUGGCCACUAACUAACAUUUUUUUGUGAUCAGUUAGAUCCGUCAGGUAUGACCUUCCUUUUAUAAGUCCACGUUGGCUGUCUCGGAUCAACCAAAAAUUAAGAUGUUCAGUUUCUCCAUCCUUAAUUACAAGCUCUAGUAAUUUCCUGACAACAGAUGUUAGGCUAAUUAGUCAAUAUUACGGGAGGGGGAGGCAGUUCUAGUGCCCAUUUUGUUCUAGUUAAGCAAAUUUCCAUGCAGGUGAUCACAUGUUGAAAGUACCAUAAUCAGUUCAGCCAUUAUUGCAAUAUGUAUGGUGUAACAUUUGUUGUUCAGAGACCAUGGGAACAUGAUAACCGGUGCUCUUCCUGUACUGGUUCCACCAACUUCAAAAUAUAUAAGCAUGUACAGCAAACGAAUUCUUUAAUAAAA